AUGCGAAGAGCGCCCUUCCUCCGCGCCCUUCGCAUCUCGUUCUCACCCCGCCAUUCCAGCCCCAGAUCGUAUCCCGUACUACUGAGUGAUCUCCACAUCCGGCGUCAUCAAUCCAUUGCAAGCUCACCCAGUCUGCAUCCAGGUAGACCUAGUUCAACGGCAGACAUGCCGCGCCUGAAUCCUAUUUCGCAAGCCGCCAUCGACCGGCUACGGUCCUUUAAACCCCCAGUCACAAGUUAUGAUCUCGUGCCGGUCUCGCGCCGGGCAGCGGUCCUACUCCUGCUUUAUGCCGACGCAAGGGGAGACUUGCGCGUUGUGCUGACCAUUCGCGCCAGCACGUUGAGUUCAUAUGCAGGACAAGCUGCUUUACCUGGUGGAAAAUCCGACUCCGAAUCAGAAACACCCCUCCAAACCGCCCGCCGCGAAGCACACGAAGAAAUCGGCCUUCCAGGGCUGGACUACCCCCUCCCACCCCCUUUCACGGUCGAGCACCUGUGCGAGAUUCCAUGCUCACUGGCGCGCACCGAGCUCGUCGUGCGGCCGUGCGUCGCGCUGCUACACACCUUUGACGAGGCGAGCGGGCGUGACGCGGAUCCUGAAACAGAGCUUAUCCCGCGCUUGGAUGCCAGAGAGGUAGCAGCGGUGUUUACGGCGCCGUUUCGGGAUUUUUUGUUCCAGCUGGGGACCGGGAGUGAGGGGGAUCAGGAGUGGUACCAUGGGGUCUGGACGGAAUGGUGGGGGACGCAAUGGCGGAUGCACCAAUUCUUCGUCCCCAUCGACCCAACGAGAGUCAUAAAACCCCGGGCUCACGACCACGCGCAGUCAGAAGCCGUGCACAAGCUCAAGGAGCAAGAAUCCUCCGGCGAAGUCACGCGGUAUCGAGUCUUCGGCAUGACAGCGCGGAUCCUGGUCGAUGUUGCGCGCAUCGCGUAUAACCACGAGCCGGACUUUGAGCAUAAUCGCCAUACCGCCGAUGAGGACUUGAUUGAGCGGUUGAGGGGGAGGGGGAGGCUGGGACCUAAGAUUUGA